AUGUCACAAUACCAAUAUGGUAUUGGAGUAUUGGUAUUGGUAUUGGGUAGUAUUGGUAUUGGGUGGUAUUGGGUAUUGGGUGGUAUUGGUAUUGGUAUUGGUAUUGGUGGGUAUUGGUAUUGGUAUUGGUAUUGGUAUUGGUAUUGGUAUUGGUAUUGGUAUUGGUAUUGGUAUUGGUAUUGGUAUUGGUAUUGGGUAUUGGUAUUGGUAUUGGUAUUGGGUGGUAUUGGUAUUGGUAUUGGUAUUGGUAUUGGUAUUGGGUGGUAUUGGUAUUGGUAUUG